UUGAGGACGAGGUGACUGCCAUGCAGCUGCAGGUGGAGGAACUGCAGAAGCAGGGAGUCAAUAAGAUCAUCGCUCUGGGUCACUCAGGCAUUGAUGUGGAUAAGGAGAUCGCCAAGAAGGUCAGCGGAGUCGACAUCGUCGUGGGUGGACACAGUGACACUUUCCUCUAUACAGCAUCCCCUCCCUCUACUGAAGUCCCUGCUGGUUCUUAUCCACUCAUGGUGCAAUCAGACGAUGGGCGGCAGGUUCCUGUUGUACAGGCCUAUGCCUUUAGAAAAUAUCUGGGUCAUCUGAAGGUGACCUUUGACAAUGCUGGGAAUGUGAUCCAGAUGUUGUUGCUGAUGUUGAGGAAUGGAAAAAGGGUCUGGCCAACUACUCGACUCGAUGUCGAUAUGGGGAAUGCAACCUUGGAAACCUGAUCUGUGAUGCCAUGUUGACUGCAGAGAGAUGAGAACAGUACGCCCGGAGCAGAAUGCUCGUCCUUGGCUCUGCCUCCUCCUCCUCCUGGGCUUCUUGGUGUCCACUUCAGCGGCCUGGGACCUGGUUGUACUCCACACCAAUGAUGUUCAUGCUCGGGUGGAGGAGACCAACGAGCAAUCCGGGAAAUGCAGCAGCAGCAGUGGGUGUUUUGCCGGGGUGGCCCGGACAGCCACGAUGAUCAAGAGGAUCCGCAGCAACGAGAGCAACGUACUGCUGCUGGACGCUGGAGACCAGUUCCAGGGGACUAUCUGGUUCAACCACUACAAGGGAGCUGAGGCUGCGUAUUUUAUGAACGAACUGAAGUAUGAUUGCAUGGCUUUUGGAAAUCACGAGUUUGAUAGUGGAGUGGAGGGACUCAUGAGACCGUUUUUGGAGCAGAUCAAUUUUACGGUUCUCAGCGCCAACAUCAAAACAGACGAAACUCUGGCCUCAACUUUUGGCAGCUCUUACUUACCUCAUAAGAUCCUUACUGUUGGCAGCGAGAGGGUGGGAGUGAUUGGAUACACGACAGAGGAGACUCCUGUAAUUUCUCAGCCUGGACCGCACCUGCAGUUCGAGAACGAGGUGACUGCCGUGCGGCGGCAGGUGGAGGAACUGCAGAAGCAGGGAGUCAAUAAGAUCAUCGCCCUGGGUCACGCAGGCAUUGAUGUGGAUAAGGAGAUCGCCAAGAAGGUCAGCGGAGUCGACCUUGUCAUCGGUGGACACAGCAACACUUUCCUCUAUACAGGAUCCCCUCCCUCUACUGAAGUCCCUGCUGGUUCUUAUCCACUCAUGGUGCAAUCAGACGAUGGGCGGCAGGUUCCUGUUGUGCAGGCCUAUGCCUUUGGAAAAUAUCUGGGUCAUCUGAAGGUGACCUUUGAUGAUAAAGGCAAUGUAGUAAAUACAACAGGAAGCCCCAUCCUGCUGGACAGCAGCAUCCCACAGGAUCCAAAUGUUCUUGCUGACGUGGAGGAAUGGAAAAAGGGUCUUGCCAACUACUCGACUCAGGUGGUGGGAAACACUCUGGUCUUCCUGAACACGUCACGUGAGGAGUGUCGAUUUGGGGAAUGCAACAUGGGGAACUUGAUCUGUGAUGCUAUGGUUGACAACAACAUCAGGUUCCCAGACAGUGUUCAGUGGAACCACGUCAGCGCCAGCAUCUUCAACGCAGGAGGCAUUCGCAAGUCUAUUGAUGAACGUACCAGGAAUGGUUCAAUCACCAUGGAGGACGUGAUCGCCGUCUUACCUUUUGGAAAUACUUUUGACCUGCUGGAGGUGAAGGGAUCGACACUGUUUAAAAUCUUUGAACACUCAGUGAAACAAUAUGGCCAGGACCCAGGAGAGUUCCUCCAAGUAUCAGGAAUUCAAUUCGAGUUUGACCCCUCUAAACCUGAGGGGAAUCGUGUGACGAGCCUCAGCAUCCUCUGCGUGGAGUGUCGAGUUCCUCGCUACGAACCUGUUCAGCCGGAGACGGUUUAUAAAGUGGUGAUGCCAUCCUUCAUAGUGCAGGGUGGAGAUAGGUUCUCCAUGAUCCCAGAUGAGAAGCUCAACCAUGACACCGGGAAUUUGGACGUUUCAGUCCUCUCUGAAUACAUCAUGAAAAAUCAGAAAGUUUAUACACCUCUUCAAGGACGCAUUAAGGUCCUCAACUCAACUUCUGGACAAACUACUUCACUGAGCAACUCAACUUCUGGACAAACCACUCCUCUCAACUCAACCUCUGGACAGACCACUCCACUCAGCAGCUCGGCUCUUGCACAAACCACUCCACUGGUUAUUCUGGUCUCACUUGGGCUGCUGUGGUCUCUGUGUGGGAGCAUGGAAGGCUGACUAUAACCAGAAACACAACUUAAACCCUUUCUCUCCUAGUGGAGCACAAGUCGUCCACAAUUCUUCCCCAGUGCUCUCUGUUUUGGGCCACUUUUUGCAGUUCCAAUUUUACGUCACUUUCUUGGCCUCUAUGUCUGGUGACCUCCAUUUGUUUCUGGGUGUUCCUUGUUUUCUCUUCCCUUGUGCAUUUCAUAUUAGAGCCUGUCUGGUUUCAUUGAUUUUGGGCUUCCUUAGGGUGUGUCCGAUCCAACCCAACUUCCUUUUCCUUAUGUGGGUGUUCUCUCUUGGUUUGUUUCCUCCCACACAUCUUUAUUUGUGAUGGUGUUUGGCCAAUGUAUCUUAUAGAUGGUUCUUAGGCACUUUGUGACAAAGGUCUGGACUUUGUUGGUGGAGGAUUUUGUUAUUCUCCAUGUUUCUGAACCAUGGAACAGCAAUUAUUUAACAUUGGUGAGUUUGGUGAGAUGGGCCUCAGUGUAACAAAAGCUGUUCUAAACCUU